UCCGCCCCCUCAUUCUGCUGCUGAGCCCCGGUGAGGCUACAAGAUCACGACGAAACCUAAUGGGAAAUAUAGGAACCAUCGCUGUAUCCACAUGAGCAGCGAAUCCAACAGCCUCUCAGCGAUCACAUCAAGUGCUGCGCUUGACGGCAAUGGCAGACCGAUACGGGUACUCUGAAUCGGCAUAUCGGCCUCGCGCUCCGUAUAAUCCUUACGCCAUCGAUCCCAGGUCUCUGCGAGCAUCGCCAAAUGAUAUGAAUGAUGUUCGCCGUCGUGAGCCUCCACUGCGAGAACGGCCCACGACCACGAUAGAAGAAUACGCCCCAACAGCUCCUCGUCCACCAGCAGAUAUCAGAUAUCCAUCGGGACCACCUCCCGCUGUGAGAGGUUUUGACCAUCUUUUGACAUCACCAAAAUUGUCUUCUACCAGGAUCCCUCGGGCUCCCGAUCCUCCAACCUUAGACCUUGCGGACGUAUAUGUCGACCACAAGUCACCUGCGGAAAGGGAAAAGAGACGUUCUGUCGACUUCAGACGAGCUGAUGGGCGCAGGCGCAAGAGGGAAACCCUCUAUCCCCAGCGACAUGAAAGAGAUAGGCAUGAUAAUGAAACACGGGACCAGCGGAGAGAAGGAGAACCGCAACAUCACGAUGUCUCAGCCCCUGGUGGCUCCUCUGCCAGUGAUUCGGAUUCCCGUCAAAAGAUAGCAUCAAGGAGGAAAUCCACUCAACGUCGACCGGCUACCUCUGGUAACCUUGGAUUGAAAGAUGUGCAAAAUUUGAGAAACUUGAAAGAAGAACUAGCUGGAAAGCCCAGCGAUCUACCUAGACUUCCUCCCAGACCACCAUCUGCACUCACGACUCUGGCUGAGGUAUCUCCGGCAUUUCCGCCCUCUUCAACAUUGCCAGAAGUCGAUGAUCCCGAGAGCACACCUUUCCUGAGAACAUCCUUGAGGUCUGCCGAAGAACAGGAUCAGCAAGAACAGCCAUCAAAAUCACUCGUUCGGUUCAGUGCUGAACUCGAUAGAACAGUUACACCGUCGACACCCCCGCAGAUAAUGUUUCAACAUGAAGUUCAUAAGACGGCUCCUGAAGACCCCCGAAGUGAUGUAAAGUCUCUUGUUGAUGAAUUGCGAGACAAGACCACUCUUCUACAGAGCAUCAUCUCUCCCGGUAGUUCAAGGAGAGGACCCAGUCCAUCUAACAAGGCCCACAGACUAUCCACGGGCCCUGCAACGGGAGAUCCAUCCAUAAUCAUCUACCGUCUCUCAUGCAGAGAUCUUUUGACACAAGAAGAGCUACUCCGAUAUUCAACAACGCCCUUCGAAGGCUUCAUCGAGAGUCAUGGAGAUACUCGCACAGAAUAUGCCCCAAUGGAUGUCAUGCUUUACAUCCAAGGAAACAAAUUGAAAGACAGAAAGAGCCAACACAGGUCUACAUUCGGAACCAACCGAGAUCCCGAUCCAGACCCCUUUGUUGUAGGAGAAGAUUUCUUUGCCCGCGUUAUCGAGCCAACAUACAUACGAAUCCUCUCUCCGCAAAUCCAAAACGUACUCCGAAAAUUGGUACUCUACUACCCAGGCCAUGAUUUGCAAGGAAAAGAACUUUUGUUCAAAGAACCCUAUCGAAUAUUAGUGCACUACCAUACCGAUCUCCAAAAAGUCGCCGAGGCAUACAACAGCGAAGAUAAGACCGUUGUCCUUGGUAACAACGCGAACGAACCUCUCACUACCGUCACCUGCGAUGAAACUACCCACAAUCACCUUAGCAUCUUGCUUAACUCUCCAACCUACAAAGACCACUACGAUUGUGUCAUUGAACCUGAACUUCGAAACUAUGCGAAUGGAUACGCAUCCUACGACAUGCUCUGGCUACUAUUCAAGCCAGGCGAUACAGUUCUUGCUCGGGUUAGAAAGGAUCUCGCUGGGUUCAUUGUGCUGGCUGCAGAUCAUACUCAGGAUCCUUGCGGUGUCUCACCCUUAGACAGGUGGACGAUCCAGGUCUGGAACUUGGCAUACACGGGACAAUGUCUAACCCGCCAAGCCCACGAGUUCACAAUUGACAGGUACGACGGCUUGCGUAAAAUCGACGGGCUCAACAUAUUCCCUAAACGAUUUCUAAAAUAUUAUGAUGACAAAGUGGAGGAGGAGCUCAUUGCUCGUGGUGCUGAAUACUUCAAGAUCGUUUGUGGAUUACCUGCUCAUCGAAGGUAUUCUGGUUCUGUGAUUGCGAAUCAUCUUGUUCAGUACAAUGGAGAGAUCAUGGUUGACCCAAGCGGCUAUCUAACGUAUGCGCCCAAACGAGGUUCCAGUCGAGAUACGCCAGCUCGCUCAGCCAUGCAGCAACGGGCAUGGCAACCGAUUGAGAAGAGCCAGAUUACCGAAGAUGAGGAAGCAGACCAUUACACUCACUUUGCCAAACCUUUGGACCUAGACGGUGGCCCACGGUGGUCAAAGUUCAACAAUAUGGCAUGCGACGAGAAUAACAUGCCAACACCAGACCAACUCCUCUUGUUUAGUUCACACGUCCUUGGGUUUGCGCUGCGGAGGAAAGAGUGGAUGAUUUUCGAGAUGAAAUAUGUGCAUCCGGUAGACGAAGACAAGCAAGCAAUGAAGCGAGUGGUUUUAGAACAAAGCGAACGGGAAAUACUAAUGGGCAUGGUUGGAGAUGACUCGAUCGAUUCACGGAACGCUGAAUUCAUCGAGGAAAAUGGGCGUGGCCGGGUGAUACUCCUAUAUGGGCAUCCUGGGACGGGGAAGACUUUCACUGUUGAAUGUGUGGCAAAACACACCAAUCGACCAUUGCUUUCUUUGACAGUUGCAGAUUUGGGAACGGAAGAAACUACCAUGGAAGCGAAAUUAGCCAAGUGGCUAGACAGAGCCACAUCAUGGAACGGUAUCGUCUUCAUCGACGAAGCAGACAUCUACCUCGAACGCCGAGAAAAGGAGGACUUGUCUCGGAAUUCAUUAGUAACAGCCUUUCUUCGAACAAUGGAAUAUCACUCUGGCACGAUGUUCUUGACAACAAAUCGCCCAGGGGCAAUCGACCCCGCCUUCACAUCCCGAAUCCACCUCUUCCUCGGCUACAAAGAUCUCAACCCCUCUUCGCGUCCUCAAGUCUGGGAUGGAUUCUUCAAUAAACUCGAGCGCGAGCAACGGAAACUUCGGCCGGGAGUGCGGCGUCUGUAUAUCCCGUCUUCCACGCAAAAUUUUGCGAAGAAUGAUCCGAUGAUGUUGGAAUUGAAUUUGAAUGGGAGGGAGAUUAGGAACAUAUUACAAAGUGCGAUCAAUUUGGCACGAUAUCAUGCCAGAGUGGAUGGGGAUGCUGAGAUGAUCGACAUCACGGCCGACUUGCUGAAGAAGGUGGUGGAGAAUAGGACGCAGUAUAAGAAUGCUAUCAAGGCUGUUGAUGGGUUGUCAGAGAGUUCUAGAGCGCAUGACUAGGGCUGGAUCGUGGAGUAAAGGGAGCUUAUAGCGUUAAGAACUCGAUUAGGUAGGUAUAGUGGCGAAAUACAGACCAUGGUACGCAGACAAAGAUGUAAAGCAGACCAGAAAGGUUUAAGCAAACUGAGACUUAGUACUGAUAUCUUAUAUUAAUUGUUACCCUUUUGUCUAUUAUUUGUAGUAUGACUAGACAGAGGUCUCUGGGGUGGAAAAUGCAAAUCUAACUUCAC